CGGCGCGGGGCCACGUGACGCGUUAGGCCCCUGAGGCGGUAGGGCUUGCGCAGGCGGAGCAGCUGCGGAGGCCUGAGUUGGGUGGGGGCUGCCGGGUGAGGUUUCCUGGCGGGUCCCGGCCUCGCGUGCACGUGGCCCCCUGCUUGCGCUCGCAGUUCUGGGCGCUGCCGGAAAGGAAUAAUGCUGUCAGCAUGUCUGCAAACUCCAUGCUCUGUGAACGCAUCGCCAUAGCCAAGGAACUGAUCAAGAGAGCAGAGUCACUUUCCAGAUCAAGAAAAGGGGGCGUCGAAGGUGGGGCCAAGCUGUGCAGCAAGUUGAAGGCGGAAUUAAAAUUCUUACAGAAAGUAGAAGCUGGAAAAGUAGCUAUUAAGGAGUCCCAUUUGCAGAGCACUAACCUGACACACCUCAGAGCCAUCGUGGAAUCAGCAGAAAACCUGGAGGAAGUGGUCAGUGUUCUCCAUGUCUUCGGUUACACAGACACCUUUGGAGAAAAGCAGACCCUUGUGGUGGAUGUUGUUGCAAAUGGUGGUCAUACUUGGGUGAAAGCCAUUGGCCGCAAGGCUGAAGCUCUGCAUAAUAUUUGGCUGGGCAGGGGCCAGUAUGGUGACAAAAGCAUUAUUGAGCAGGCUGAAGACUUCCUCCAGGCCAGUCACCAGCAGCCCGUGCAGUAUAGCAACCCUCACAUCAUCUUUGCAUUUUACAAUAGCGUCUCCAGCCCCAUGGCAGAGAAGCUGAAGGAAAUGGGCAUAUCAGUGAGGGGGGACAUAGUAGCAGUGAAUUCUCUGUUAGAUCACCGUGAAGAGCUCCAGCCCAGUGAGAGUGAAUCAGAUGAUGAGGGCCCUGAACUUUUGCAGGUGACCCGGGUAGACCGAGAAAACAUCCUAGCAAGUGUCGCGUUUCCUACAGAAAUCAAGGUGGACGUGUGCAAAAGAGUCAACUUGGACAUUACUACUUUAAUCACCUACGUAUCUGCCCUCAGCUAUGGAGGCUGCCACUUUAUCUUCAAAGAAAAAGUGCUCACGGAACAAGCAGAGCAGGAGAGGAAAGAGCAGGUUCUGCCACAGCUGGAGGCAUUUAUGAAGGACAAGGAGUUGUUUGCUUGCGAAUCUGCUGUCAAGGAUUUUCAGUCUAUUCUAGAUACUUUAGGAGGACCUGGGGAGAGAGAGCGAGCUGCGAUGCUGAUUAAGCGAAUUAAUGUGGUCCCAGACCAGCCUUCUGAGCGUGCCUUGAAACUAGUGGCUAGUUCCAAAAUUAACAGCCGCUCAUUAACAAUUUUUGGGACAGGAGACAACCUGAAAGCCAUUACAAUGACUGCCAAUAGUGGUUUUGUCAGGGCUGCCAACAACCAGGGUGUUAAGUUUAGUGUAUUUAUCCAUCAGCCCAGAGCACUUACUGAGAGCAAAGAGGCCCUAGCUACCCCCUUACCAAAGGACUGCACAACUGACAACGAACACUAAUGAUAUCCUUUAUUGUCAUGGAAAUAAGUUAUUUAUACCAAAGCCUAUGUCUCCCCAUCUUAAUUGGAAAAAAAAAAUCUAUGGUAAAAUUAAUACUUAGAACUCUUAUUAAAUCAGUUGAUGGUGUGUCUCAUCUAUAAAGUAAAUAACCUAAAAUAGAAAAAGCAUAAGAGACAACCGUAUUUAUCAAACUGGCUACGUUAUAAUUAGAACAGAAAUACAUCUCUGUAAGGCUUGCAGCUGUAUCACAAUACUUUGAUUUGUUUGAUUCAGUAGGGCUCCAUCUCCCCAAUGGUAUCGCAUCUCUUGACUGUAGCUACAUUGCAUCUCGCAUUAAAUAUCGAGCAACCUCUGAA